AUGGCCAACGGCAACCCAAAGCUACUAGUCGCUGCCUUGCGUACUUGCCACGCAGGGCUCCUUCGCACCUUCCAAUCGUCCUCGAUAUCAGCAGCCCCGCUACCAUCCGCCCUGCAUCACCGCUGCCUGUCAUCUCUCCCCGCACUUGACGCCGUGAAACCCGGCGCCUCAGCCCCUGGCAAAACCGGAGCUCCCCUCGUUUUCACCGUCACCAGUAGCAGCAGGGCAUUAAAAGAUGCCACGUGUCAGCUGGAGGUGUGGAGUUGGGGCCGCGGAGAUUCCGGGCAGCUGGGGCAUGGAGAAGAAAAUCCCGAGUGGACCCCGAGGCGAAUCGAAUCUCUCUCCCUUGAGAUCUCCGCGCUAGCCGCCCCUGCAGCCGCCGCCGUCGCCGCCGCAGCAGACGCGCUUCGGUUCCCAACACGAGGUCAAGCAGCAACAGGCGCGGUCCGAAGCGCGUCUCUUAGUAGCCUUAAGGAGCAGCUACGAGCGGGCGUGUCUUGCGGGAUCAGUCACUCGCUUCUUUGGCUGCGCGGGAGGCUCUGGGUUUGGGGGAGAGGGGACGGCGGAAGACUAGGUCUGGGGAACGAGAUCUCCCUUUUCUCCCCAACCCUAAACCCUAAUUUUUUGGGGGAGACGGCAGUGCGCAGCGCGGCGGCUGGCGGGUUGCAUUCUUUGGCGGUUUCUGAGCGGGGGGAACUGUUCACUUGGGGGUAUGGCGGGUUCGGGGCGCUGGGGCAUGGGGAGUUUACCAGGAGGGACGUCCCCUGCCACGUGGCGCCCUCUGAUUGGCUGGAGGAGGGGGUGGAGAUUAAAUCAGCAGCAGCUGGGGGGAGCCAUACUUUUGGUUUAAGUACUGCUGGGAGGGUUUAUGCGUGGGGGAGGGAUGAAGGGGAGGGGAGGCUCGGUAUCCCCCAUAUAGUGGACGCGAUAGGAGAAGAAGGGUGUGUGCCUCGGCCAAUCCCGGUCGAGUUUCCGGCGUCCCAGGGCCUGCCACGUGGCGGAGUCUCAUUGGUUGCGUGCGGAGGGUUCUUCUCUGCUGCUGUGGACUGUGAGGGUGGCGUGUGGACGUGGGGAGGUGAGGAGCGGUAG